AUGGCCACCACCAGCCCAGACGACAUGAUCGAGUACUUGGACAAGUGCAGUCUGUCGCAGUACGCGACCCCGUACUUGACAUGCUGCUUGUGCAACAGCAUCAACUUCAUCGACGUCCCGAGCAUUCGCGGCAUCCGUGCCAAACGGUCGUCGACCGAGUACGAGUCCCUCCCUCCGUGCUGUGGUUGCGGCAGCACGCGGCAUCUGCGCACGGGUGCCACGAGUUUCCACACCGAGCUCGAACUCGAGUCACAAGCGUUGGAGGAUUUUGAAACAAAGCGCUUGCCGGCCGCGAUCGAAAUCCAGCGCGUCGUGCGAGGGCGCCUGGGUCGCGUCGACGCGAAGCGCCGCCGACUUGAAAAGCAGCGGUGGGCGCGCCGCAUCUUCCGGGCAGCUGCAUGCAUUCAGAAACGCGUGCGCGGCAUACAAGCUCGAACGCGGAGUGACAUCGAACGGUGCAUCUUUGUUAUCGUGAAUGCGCACCCUCUCGUGUAUGCCUUUGCCACGGCCGCAACGACCGGCAACUCUGCCCAGCCACGAGGAGAACGGGACAUCUUUUGGUACGACAGCGCCGACGAGUUGAGUGUUUUCUGCUGGGACUACCGAGAGUUUGUCCGACGAACGGGGGGGCGGCCUCCUCUGUGGCGCGUCGAGGCCAACGUCCGCGAAGUCGCAAAGCGCAUCCUACAGCGAGAACAUGUCCUCGUGACACGUCUACAAGCGCGGUGGCGAGGCAUCACAGCGCGCAGCUCGAUCUACGAGCUCAAAAAACAACGUGGGUGGGUCCGCAGUCUGCAGCACGCCCCUGUCAUCAAAAUCCAGCGGCAGCUUCGUACGCACCAGUGCCGUCGACGAUGCAAGCGGCUGCGGCGGGCGGUUGGCCGCAACGUUCGCAUGGAGACUACACCACGAUCCACGAGAUGCGCGCACACGUAGAGAGACGGGCGUACUUGCAGCAGACCCUCAUGGCCAACUACCGCCACCAUUUCAAGCACAGGACCGCCGUCAAGCUCUUGGGAGGAACCGUCGACCGAUUCCACGCGUUUGGGAAUCCUGCGCUGAGGAAAAGCGCCGCUGGCGGCCAUCCCCCGACGGCCACGUCCCAUGUGCCCAACCAAGGCAUCCCCGCCGCGACGAGCAAGUUUCUCGUCGCCAUGCGACAGCACGACGCUGUCUCCAGUCGAC